ACAACGGAAACCAAGGAAUCCAACGGGCUGCCGUUGCUUUGCUUCUGCCACCGCACCGAGGCAGCAACAGACCAAGAACUCGUGCUCGUCGACGUCGAUCAAUUCCCCCAUUCUCUCGCCUCCCGGUGACCUGUUCGAAGAAAUGCUCCCGGAAGACGCAGCGGCGCGGGGGAGGACGUCCGGAGGCGGUGACCGCGGCGGCGACCGCCUCAGCGGCCUCCGGGACGAGGUCCUCCUCCGGGUCUUGUCGCACCUCAAGGCGUGGGAGGCGGUGCGCACCUUCGUCUGCGUGCUCUCGCAAUGGUGGCGCUACCUGUGGACCUACACGGGCCACCUCGACAUCCGCCAGCCCUGCCUCUGCCGCGGCGGCAGCGCCGGCGGCCUCUCCGCCUACCAGCGCAGGGCGCGCGAGAAGGCAUUCAACUCGUUCGUCAGGAAACUGCUCCUCCUGCGGCGGCUGCUGGUGCUGCUGAUCUCGGUCUGGCUCUGCUGGAACGACGGCGACACCAACACCUGGAUCUCCCACGUCGUCAGGCACAAGGCAGAGGAAAUCGAGCUCUCCGCCAAGCAUCAUAAUGGGUACCCGACGCCGGAGUACAUGAGCUUCAUUGUUGAUGGCGAAGCCCUUGUAAAACAAGGUGUUGCUGGCGAAGUCUUCAUCAAGACUGGCCUCAAGAUCUUGAAGCUUAUCCAUCUCAGUCUGGAUGACACCACCCUCACGCAACUCUGUUCAAGGUGCACUUCUCUCGAACAGAUUGAGCUCAACGACUGUCUCAUAGCCCAGGCCACAAAGAUACAGUCCAAACUGCUCAAGCGUUUGACCGUGAUCAAGUGCAAAAUCCCUAAGGGCCUCCUCUCUGAUGAUGCUCCAAACCUUGUCUCGCUUCAGUUCAGCAGCAACUUUGGCUAUGUUCCGUGGAUCCAGAACUUGGGGUUGCUAGCAGCAUCCAAUGUAAACCAACGGGUAACCCAUAAGUAUCCUGACUGCUCUGGCCUUGGUUCUUGCAACCUUGAGAUCUUGAAGCUCUCUGGUGUCAAGCUGGAUGACACCACCCUUGCGCAGCUCUGUUCGAGGUGCACUUCUUUGGAAGGACUAGAGCUCAAGGAUUGUUUGGUGGUCGGCAAGGAGAUUCGAUCCCCCUCACUGAGGUGCUUGACUGUGGUCAGCUGUGAGUUUGCUACUGAAUCAGUGGUCCAUGCUCCGAACCUUGUCUCGUUAUGCUGCACCAGACCAUUUCGACAUGUUCCUCAGUUCCAGAACAUGGAAUUUCUAGUCACAGCGAGUAUCACACUUGAUGACUCUUGCAUGCCUAGUGACAGUCAAUGGACAUUGGAGGAUGAUGACAAAGAUGAAUUCGAUGAUGAUGGUGACUUUUUUGCACAUUUUAGGGUUAAGGACUUUGAUGAUAACACUGAUAGUGAAUCAGAUCAGGACGAAGAAGAUGAGUCUGACCAUGAUGGUGCACAACUGCACAUUCUAGUGCUGACGGAUCAGAUGAUAAUAGUGAAUAUGAAUCCAUUCAGGACGAAGAAGAUGAGUCUGACUAUGAUGGUGCCCAUUCUGGUGCUGAGGGAUCAGAUGAUGAUGAUAAUGAAUAUGAACCCACUCUGGACAAAGAAGAUGAGUCUGACUAUGAUGGCACUGAGGAUUCUGAUGGUAAUCAUGGUUGUUCUGGACCUGGUGAUGACGACGAUAGCCAUACUGUGGACAAUGAAGAGAUUCCAGAGGAGUACAACAAUGAUUGUGGACGAAUGUUUGGAUGAGAUGGUAUCCUUUGCAGCCUCUCAAAAGUUAGAACAAUGGACCUAUUUGCCCAUUCAGGAGAGGUGCUGCUCAUGUGGGAAUCGAUGUCGUGUACUGAUUUCAGGAACCUGAAGACUCUCUCCCUUGGUGAAUCGUGUAUAACUCCUGACCUUGAUGUACUAGCAGCCAUACUUCAGCGCUCACCAAACUUAGAGAACCUUUCUAUUCACCUCGACAUGGCCAAUAAGGUCAGAGUGGGCUUCAGGCCAAGGGAAAAUUCAUUUGCAUGCACUAAUCUAAAGAAGGUGGAGAUCACAUGUUGUAAGCAUGAUAUUGUUGGCAAGUUGUUAGAGUUCUUCGAUGUGAAUAGCAUACCACGUGAGAAGAUUUCAUUCCAUUGGACUGCCUGCAAUUGUGAUGUCAAUAGAGGAGGUACAGGCUCGCAGGCAAAGUGCAAGGCACAAACUGAAGCUGAGAAGAUACCAGCAAAGCAGAAUAAGGCAGGGAAGUGAGGAAGCCCCAGCGGAUGAGGGUACACUGAUGUGAUACCACGAUCGUGUUGGUGAAGACAGUGAGUUGGGCCAGCUUGUUGCUUGCUUAGUUUAGAUUUUAUUCUGAAUGGAAGAAUGUGGCAGAAAUGUGAUACAUUUUCCUGUGGUACAUCAACAUUUCAGUGUAGUUAUGAGUGUACAUGUGUCCUUUGGAUCGUAUUGAAAGGGUUCAUAUAAAACUCAGAUGUACAGUGAUUUAGAACUAAAGCUCCAGACGUCCUGUGUUAAGGAGUAAUGCUUACUGAAUAUAUCUGGUCAUGGAAUUCA